CCUGCAUGACCUUAAUCUUUUUCCUUGCAGAGUGGUUGCUUAAUCUUCCCAGAGGUCCCAGAGUGCCCGCGGACAGUAAUUCACACGCACAAGCUUCAUGCACAUCAAACCAUACUUUUAGGAAUGGACCCUGCUCACUGACAUCUCUGAAGCCACAGGAUGCUCACCUGGAUAGCAAAGGUUGCUCCCCACCCCCCUCAGCUGGUUAGACAUCUGCAGACUCGGCCUGACGUUAAGGAUGGCUCUCCACCUGACGAAGGACAGAAAAUGGUGGAACCGGAAAAAUCUAAAAAUGAAGCAGGCGACUGUUCUGAUGCAGGACGAAAAGAGGGUGAAACUGGCCACACUGCAGCGUCCACUGCAUUCACCAGUUCUGGGGGCGGAGUCUUGUUCUGGAUUGCACAAAAUGCGAGCAGAUUUAUCCCACUGCAUAUUGAUAACUCAAGACUUCCUAAAGGUGCAUCUGAUUCUGAGAAGAAUGCAGAGAAUAAGGAAAAAGAACCAAUCAAAGAGUCUAAGGCACCUCCACCAGCUGCAGCUUCAGCACCAGCUCCGGUUCCGGCUCCAGUUCCAGAGAAAGCACCAGCUCCAGUUCCAGUGAGUGCUCCUGCUCCAGCUCCAGAGACGCAAUCAUCAAGUCAACCAUGUGUUGGUGAAGCUCCAUCUAACCAGCAUCAACAGGACAGGGACUCGGGAGGUGGAGUGCUCAGCUGGUUUGUGCAAGGAUUCAAUGGGGUAUUGCCACAACCUGAAGAUAAACCUAAAUCAGCUGAUCCUGCGGAGGUGACCACGGCAUCAAAAGUGACAAAAAAGGAUCCUGCAAAUCCACAGAAACAAGAACUGCCAAUUGAAACAAAAUCUCAGUCAGAAAUUAAACCUCCGCAAGAACCUGAAGUGAAGGCGGAAGUUGUGGUACCUGCAACUUCUAAAGAGUGCAGCCAGCAGGCAGAACCUCCAGCAAAUAUUCAUCCUACAGUCUCAACUGAUGAAGUGCUUCACUCAUCUUCCAGUGGCAACAGUGUGCUUGAAUGGCUGAAACAGAGUCUGGAGAAAGUUGUUCCACAGCCUGCAUCUGAAUCAGCCAGAGUGGAAACUGAAUUAACUGCCCCAGAAAACAAGGUUCCAGUGGAAGAGAAGGAACCAGGUGCGAAGGUGACAGAGGUUAAAGAGAAACUGCCAGCCGCUGUCACCAUCAUAGAAGUUGCCCCUGCAGUACGCACCCUGGAUCCUACAAUGAACAAAGAGAAACAAGCAAAGUCCAAAGCAAUUACUAUGACCAGUGAGAACAAUAAAAGUGUCUUCAGUUGGCUAGUGCAGGGCCUUGGGAAAGUUGUGCCACAGCCGGUCACCAAACCCCAGUUACCAAACGAGGAUGCCGGGACUACUAUUGCAUGUGCUGCAGAGGAAAGAGGGAAGCUCGUUCUCGUCUCUGAAACAAAUGGAAAAUGAAGACUUUGGAAAGAUAUCAGUGUCUAGAGAUCAAGUCCUGCCUGUAAACACUCCAUCUCCAUCACUGGGAGCUGAAGGCCACAUUCAUCAGAGAAUGAGAUGUUUCUUGGAGGGCAGAAACUCACUCAAUCUGGGGGCACUCGCAGGAGUAACAUGGACCAGUGGAGGACAAAUCUUCAGCAGAUACUGCUGCUUUCAUGUGAUAUUCGCCCAGUUAGUUAGGCUACUUCUGGCUGCACUCACUUUUUCUACACACUUAGCUGAGUUUUAUUGAAAAGGAUUCAAAACCCAUGUAAAUAAUUCAAUUUAAACAAGUCAGUGUGACAUUUUGCUUUUUUAGUCUGAGAGACAUGUAUCAGAAUGUGUGAUCCCCAGUCUGAGGGAUGUCUAUCCGGCAGUGUGAUCCAUAGUCUGAGAGAUGUCUACCAGACAGUGUGUUACCCUCAGACAGAGACAUCCAUUGCAGUGAUCCUCAGUCUGGGAGACAUCUAUCAGACAGUGUCACCUCGGUUUGAGGGAUAUUUAGGACAGUUUGACACUCAUAUUCUGAGGAACAUCUGUUAGACGGUGUGACUCCCACAGUCUGGAGGACGUCUAUUGGAUAGUGCGGACCCCUGACACAUCCAUCAGAUAAGCAGAGAUCACAUAUUUCAUGUAGUUCUGGUGGCUGCUAAGUUUAAUGGCCAUACCCUCUGACUCAUUAAAUUAACUGCAAUACUCUUUUCAAUGCAAUUCCUACACUGGUGGUACAGCUGAGAAUUUUCUUUCCUGAUGCACACCAUUAGUCACUCAUCUGGUCACACUGUUUCUGUGUAACUUCGCUCUUGAGCCGUGCGUCAAGUACUCGUUAAGGAUGCUCUCAAAUCAGCCCAUCCUUCUAAUUCAGGAUUGGGCUGAUUUUCACUCCUGUGCUCACACCUACCAGCACCAUCAGUGCUACCACUACUUCAAACUUUCACUGAGGAUACCAAUGUUGUCAUCUGGCAGAGGGUGUUCAGAUUUGACUGGAUGUCUGCUGUUUGUUUUGCUUAGUGCAAGAUCUGUUCCUGACAAAAUUGUUUACAAUUUGUAUCAUGCGUGGGCUCUGACUCCAAGUCUCAUGUAGCACCAGGAAUAUAAUAAAACACCAAGAGAUGUGAACUGCUAAAA